UUCAGACCUGGACAAUGAGUUCGGUUACUCCUCAGGAACUAGCUCUGAUGAAGAGCAGCAAAGCGGUAGCACAGAAGGCAAUUGUUCCAAUAGUCAGCCGAAAUCAUUUAAUGACGAGCUAGCAUCCUGGGCGACAAAAUACCAGGUUAAACGAGCUGCAGUUAACGAUCUUCUUGCAUUGUUGAAAAAGCAGGGACAUGCUUUACCUAAGGAUGCGCGAACUCUUUUGGGGACGCCAAAAGAGGUGACUGUUUUGUCAAAAUGUGGUGGCCAGUAUAUCUACUUUGGUAUUAAACAUGGAAUUACCCAGGUCCUUUCAGCGCAUCCAGGUGCAUUAGAAAAUGGUAUCUCCCUUGAACUAAUCAUUAACAUUGAUGGACGUCCAUUAUUUAAAUCCUCCAAUGAUCAGUUCUGGCCAAUAUUAGGCAGUUUUAAUAACCUUGAUGUAUUUGUUAUUGGUCUUUAUUAUGGGAAAACCAAACCAAGUUCCCUAGAAGAAUAUAUGGAUGAUUUCCUUCAGGAACUUGAUGCAUUGAAGAAAGAAGGAAUUACUUUUGGGUCAAAGACCUACAAAGUCGAAUUGCAUUGCUUUUCAUGUGAUGCACCGUCCCGUUGUUUCUUGAAGGCUAUUAUUGGUCACACUGGUUAUUUUUCGUGUGAGCGUUGUCAAAUGAAGGGAACGUGGAAAGGCCGUGUUGUUUUUAACUCUGGUGACAUUGCUACUCUGCGCACUGAAGAGGCAUUUGCCAACUAUGAUUAUGAAGCUCACCAGAAAGGACAAACACCUCUUAUUUGUCAUGGUGUUUCAUGUAUUAAUGGUUUUGCUCUCGAUUAUAUGCAUAUGGUAUGCUUGGGUGUAACUCGAAGAAUUCUUCACUUUCUGAAGAAUGGCCCCAGAGAAUGUAAGCUUUCCUCAGUGCAAUUAGCCCAAAUAUCUGCCAACCUUCUCUCAUUAAAAGGGAAAAUGCCAAGUAAGUUUGCCAGACAACCGCGAUCCUUGGAUGAGCUUGAGAGACGGAAAGCAACCGAGUUUCGGCAAUUUUUGCUGUAUACUGGCCCCAUUGCUUUGAAAGGUGUAGUCUCCACUAAGCUUUAUCAGCAUUUCCUCUCAUUAUCCAUCACUAUUUCCAUAAUGCUUGAAAGCAAUGCAGAUAGACGCAACUCACUUUUGAACUAUGCACGCCAAUUGAUGCAGUUCUUUGUGAAGAAUUGCAAAGCAGUCUAUGGGGAAACAUUUACAGUCUACAAUGUGCAUGGUCUCCUGCAUCUCCAUGAGGAUGUGAGUUUCUUCCAGUGCUCUCUCAAUGAGAUAUCCUGUUUUCAGUUUGAGAAUUUUCUUCAAAAACUGAAAAAAACUAGUUCGAAGUGGUGGCAAUCCUUUGGUGCAAGUUGCAAAGCGGUUGGGAGAAAUUACUGUCAACAACCCAAAAUGUUCAGUCAAACAGCGCUUCACAGUUAUUUCGACCAAAGAGAAAGACCGUUGCUUCUUACUUGCUGACAGCUCAAUCUAAGAUUUUUUCCAUUGCAUAUGCAAGAGACAUAACUCAUGGAUCUAAACGACAAUUGGUUGAGAGGGAUGACCUGGUUUGUAAGGUUGUUUGCCUUCCUUGUGAUGCUGGAUAUGUGCUUUAUCCACUACUUCAUGAAGUUGAGCGGACAUGACACAAUCAAUGUCUGAGGCUAGUUUUAAUGGUAUGUUAUAUUUUUAAGCAUAUCUUACAGUACAUCCUGCAUAAUGUAGAAUAGGCUGAUUUGUUGCCAAAUUGUAGUAUUUUAUCGUAAUAACUUAAUUUAACGAGGCUUACACAUAACAGCUAAAAGCUGACAAACCAAAGGAUUUCCGAAGUAUAGAAUGUAAUUCAAUUUUAAAAUGUGAAUCAGCCUUGGUAGUAUAAUGUAUAAUGGACGAAAUUUGAUUGUAGGUUAGGAAACAAGAAAUUAUUUAUAUUUUGUUCCCUGAUUUAAUAUGGUUCUUUCUUUUACAGGCUUUGAACAAUGUCAAUGUGGGUGAGAGCAGUUUGGUUAGAAGGUGGCAUUGAGGAAGAGGGUGUGAUUCCUGAGGUUUGGGUCCAGGACAAGAAUGUAAGGUGGCCAAAUGGAAUGAGUGUUCUAUACGAGUAAGAUCGGAGCAAAGAGUACCAUCAUCUCAAUGGCACAGCUUUCCUCUUGUUAAGGUUAAAUUCAGAUCAGGUAAGAUAUAACUGUUACUGCCUUAGUACCUACCACUUUAAAGAAAACACAUGUACAGGUCCUAUUACCUAUCCCAAAAUUAAAAUAAAUCCAGAAUAAAUCACGUCAAAUUGAACAAAAGUUAGAAAGUAACGAAAUACUUCGUCACAAAAUGAAGACAACGAAGUAAAACGUUACUGUACUUCUUAAAACGACUUUGUUCCAAGUAAAAGUACUCCAGAAAAAGUUUACUUUGUUACAUUUUCUUACAUUGACUUCUCAAAAAGUACUCAAGUACAGUAACGAAGUACAGUUACUUUGUUACUUGAUACCACUGAGCUAGAAAAGGUCAUAAAAACGCAAAUGGUUACAUUCUUUUGUUUUUGUAGAUGAUAUGCAACUUUGUGAAAGUUAUAAUUUCACGACAACAGCAGAAACAACUGAUAAUGAUCAAGAUGAUGAUGACAAUGACCCAAAAAAGACAAACACGCGUAGACCUCGCAACCACCUAGCAUAA